GUUGCUCCUCCCGAUGUUCAGCCCUUGACUUCUCAGUUAAGCAUUAGUAGUGGCGCAGUGUACACCUCACAGCUGACCUAGAGUCAUAUUCUGGAACGCUUUGGGCUCUCAUCAGCAUAAUAAGGAGUCAUCAGUGAACACAGCCAGAGGAGGGACGCCACCAGCUUGACGACGGCAACAUGGAAGUGGUGAUGCGGCGCUUAGGUUCUCUCCUCUACCUGGUGGAGCCCAACGCCACCACCUUCCAAUACCCAGACCAAGUGCCGGACUACGUCAACGAGGCUAUUCCCUUCUUUGUCAUCACCACGACGCUGGAGUUUGCGGUGCGGUGGUGGCAGGGACGACCUGAGCGAGUCAAUGAUGCCUUUUCCAACAUUGGCAUUGGCAUCGUGCACGAGGCCACAAGACUGGUGGUGUCAGGACUGAUGUUGCUCGGAUACGAAAACCUGUAUCAGUAUCGUCUGUGGGACUUACCCUGGGACUCCCUCUACACGUGGCUGGCGGCCUUAGUCCUUGUUGAUUUUUGUUUCUACUGGAUCCACCGAGCUAACCAUGAACUGAACAUCUUGUGGGCGGUACAUCAAGUUCAUCACAGCAGCGAGAACUACAACCUCACCACAGGUUUUCGCUUGUCUGCCCUACAAAAAUUAGCGCACUUUGGCUUCUAUCAACCACUGGCACUACUCGGCAUUCCCCUGCCCGCGGUUCUUGUCCACACUGGUCUUAAUUAUUUGUUCCAGUUCUGGAUCCAUAACACCUUCGUAGGCCGCCUUGGCCCCCUAGAGUAUGUGAUCGCGACGCCUUCCUUCCAUCGCGUCCAUCAUGGAGCCAACAAGUGGUGUCUUGACAAGAACUAUGCCAGUGUGUUAGUCUUGUGGGACAUUCUCUUCGGUACCUACCAGCCGGAGAAAGAAGACUCGGAAAUUGUAUACGGCCUCACGCACCAGCCGCAGUCAUUCAAUGCCAUUUGGCAUCAGUACUUCUACUUCGUUGAAGUGUUCCGCAAGGCUCGCAGCAUGACCACUUGGGGAGACUCCUUGAAGGCAAUAUUCUACGGGCCCGGCUGGAGCCCCGGAACUCCACGCCUGGGCAACCCUGACUUAUUCCCUGACGUGGUGGCUCCCAGACAAAAGUAUGAUCCUCAGCUUCCCAGUUGGAAGUUAUUGUACAUCGGCUCACACUUGGCAGUAGCCAUCUUCAUGCAGCAGCUGCUGGUGACUCGCAUUCUGGCUGUCCCGUGGAUGACUAUAAUUACCUUCCUCGCCUUCAUCUUCGCUUCUGUGGGUGUGGUGACGGCCAUGCUGGAUGGAUGGCGGUGGACAGGUCUAGCAGAGGCUGUUCGCUGUAUCGCCUACGUCCUGAACGCCCGCUCCUCCCUCGCUACGCACUCCCCAUCCUUGGACAUCGCCCUCGAGUUCUUCUUCAUUAUGUGUGCAGUGUUCUGGACGUGCCACAGUUUGGCUCCAAAUAUUGCCAAUAUCAUGAAGAAAAAGUUUUUAUAAACUUGCGAGUAUUCUGUCAUGUUUUACGUUAUUUUUUCUUAAUUGUUGAUAAAAAAAAAAAGGAAAUGAAAAAGUAGUGGUAGCUGUAAAUAUAUGUUGUCAUAACAGUUACGGUGUCCUGUGCCAUUUUUUUUUUUUAUAAAUACAGUACGUACCGUAAAUAUUCAUAAUGAACAUUAUACAUAAAACAUAUUCAUAACUUAAAACCACACACAAAAUUAAUAAAUGAAAUGGGUGAAAUUAUGUAGAUACGUAAAUGGAUGCAUAAAUAAAUCAAAAUAGUAAGUAGAGAAACAUUGUGAAUGUGUAGUUUUACGAAAGUCUGUGGAGAUUAUCCAUCUACUUUUAUCUGUUUUCAGUAUACUUAAAAAUCCUGCCCUGUAAGAUACAGUUUACUUUCCGUAAUGCCGGCUCAAAUGGGUGGAAAAGCCCUCCCCGGGGAUUAACUCAUUUUUUCCACAAGAGAGAGAGAGAGAGAGAGAGAGAGAGAGAGAGAGAGAGAGAGAGACUGAAGUGAUCUGUGCCAUUCCUGCAUGCACUGAUCAACUUAGUCUCCCUGCGGUGUACAGACUGGAAAUUUAAGAUCGAAGAAGUUGCCGUCCUAGAUACUGUGUUAACUUUUGACUACUGAGUGUGAUACCGAAAUGGAACCACGAUAAUGAUAAUGGUGUAUGCAUAAUUUUCUUUGUUUUUGUGUUAAAAUUAAUGUAUGUGAUUUCUUUACUUUCACACAAGAGAAAACUGCUGGUAUGAAGUCUGAGUAAAAGGAAAGCGAGUAAAGUAGUAUGAUGGGAGUGAUGACUCAGGUGACAAAUUGAAGUAUAUACGGGUAUGUUAAGAGAGUGGAACUGCAAAUAAUUGAAGGUGAAACAUGAAUUUACCAUAAAAGUAUUUACAAAUUAAUUCACUCUUGAGAGCUUCCUUUAGGUUUUUGACACAAUUUCCGAAUGGCAUUUAAUGUUUUUUUUAUGAAAUAAUAAUAAUAAUAAUAAUAAUAAUAAUAAUAAUAAUAAUAAUAAUAAUAAUAAUAAUAAUAAUAACAACAACAACAACAACAACAACAACAACAACAACAACAACAACAACAACAACAACAGCAGCAACAACAACAACAACAACAACAACAACAACAACAACAACAACAACAACAAUAAUAACAAUAAUGAUAGUAAUAAUAAUAAUAAUAAUAAUAAUAAUGAUGAUAAUAAUAGUAAUAAUAAUAAUAAUAAUAAUAAUAAUAAUAAUAAUAAUAAUAAUAAUAAUAAUAAUAAUAAUAAUAAUGAUAAUGAUAAUAAUAAUAAUAAUAAUAAUAAUAAUAAUAAUAAUAAUAAUAAUAAUAAUAAUAAUAAUAAUUCCUUUAACAAUAACUUCAAAUGUAAUUUUAGUUGCAAUUGGCGUUAUAGAGACAUAGGUUCCUCGAUCAUCCCAGUUUUAAAUUUUACAUAUUUACUUCACUGGCGAUUGCGGUUACAUUAAUUUGUCACAUUUAUUUGUGGCUAUUUGUGGUCACAUUUAUUUGUGGUGA